AUGUUGAAAGGGAUUUGUAAAACUUUGGAAAAUCCACAUCAUCCUUUAUUAGGCCCGACGCUUUUUGGACUAGAAAAAUGGGGAAUGUGGCAACCAAAGAAGGGAAUAAUUAGUACUGUUUACAAUUUGAUCCAUCUCUUUGCAAUACUAUUCGUGUUGAGUCAGUACGUCGAAUUGUGGAUCAUUAGAUCAAAUCUCGAAUUGGCCCUAAAAAACUUGUCUAUAUCAAUGCUAAGUACGGUGUGUGUGGUGAAAGCUAGCACUUUCGUGUUUUGGCAAAAGCAAUGGAAGAGUGUUAUUGAAUAUGUAUCAACAUUAGAAAGGGCUCAAUUAAAGAAAAAUGAUAAAAUAACUAACAAUAUUUUAAAAGAUUAUACUAGAUAUUCAAGAAAAGUUACUUACUUUUAUUGGUGUCUUGUUGCAGCUACAGUGUUCGCUGUUAUUUUAGCUCCAUUAACUAGUUACAUUUCUUCGCCUAUCUUGCAAGAGUUAAUAAGAAACGGGACAGUGGCUUAUCCAGAAAUAAUGAGCUCUUGGUUACCAUUUGAUAAAACAAAAGGUCUAGGGUACUGGGCACAGGUCAUAGAACAGUCCUUAAUUUGUUUUUACGGUGGCGGUAUUGUAGCAAAUUAUGACUCAAAUGCUGUGGUACUAAUGACGUUCUUCGCUGGUCAAAUGAAGUUGUUGAAAGCAAAUUGUGAAAGGUUGUUUGAAGAAAAUAAUAGGCAUGUUAAUUUUCAAGUAUAUGUGGAUAGAAUUCGAGAAUGUCACCAUCACCAUAUCAAUUUGGUCAAAUACGCCACAAUUCUAAACUCGCUGAUGUCACCAGUAAUGUUUUUAUAUGUCAUCAUCUGCUCGCUCAUGAUUUGCUCUAGUGCUGUGCAACUCACCACGGAUAGCACCACAAGAAUGCAUCAAAUUUGGAUAGCGGAAUACUUAUUAGCUUUAAUAGCUCAACUUUUUCUUUAUUGCUGGCACAGUAAUGAAGUUUCACUUAUGAGUCUUUGUAUCGAUGACGGCGUUUACAAAAGCGCAUGGUGGACUCAAAAUGUUCCAAUUCGUCGCAAAGUUUUACUUCUCAGUGGAAAAUUUCGAAAGAACAUUGUCUUUACUGCUGGUCCAUUUACAACCCUCUCUGUACCCACAUUUAUAGCAAUCUUGAGAGCGUCGUAUAGUUUUUACACUUUACUGAGUAAAAAAGGUUAA